UCAGUUAUUAUUAUUAUGGCGCAAUACAAAUAUCACCGUUCCACGUUUAGCUCUUCUUCAUCCCAAAGAAGGGGAACCAACCAGUUUGGUAGCUGGCUUGAAAUGACGUCGUUUCCAGCUUCUUCUGCGAUUUCCACUCUUGCCUCUUCUUCCUCUAUCUCUCGAGCUUCCUUCCCAACUCAGGGGAAUUCGCAGUUUCAUAACCGCUUGUGUAAGUUUCGUGUCAGGUGCAACUAUGCACAAACAAGUGUAAAGGAUGAUUACAAAUCUGCUGCAAUUGAUGUUGUUGCUGAUGUGAAGACUGAACGGGUUGUAGUCCUAGGAGGCAAUGGUUUUGUCGGUUCUGCAAUAUGUAAGGCUGCUGUAUCUAAGGGCAUAGAGGUUAUAAGCCUAAACAGGUCAGGGCGCCCUACUUACCCUGGUUCAUGGGUAGAUCAGGUUACUUGGAUACCAGGAGAUGUUUUCUAUGCAAACUGGGAUGAAGUUCUAGCAGGUGCCACUGCAGUGGUUUCAACUCUUGGAGGUUUUGGUAGUGAAGAACAGAUGCUAAAAAUUAAUGAUGAGGCAAAUGUUGCCGCGGUGAGUGCUGCAAAGGAGUUUGGAAUUCCCAAGUUUAUCUUGAUCUCGGUGCAUGAUUAUAAUCUACCAUCAUUUUUACUUUCAUCUGGAUACUUCACAGGAAAGAGGAAAGCAGAGUCGGAGGUUCUUUCAAAGUAUCCAAACUCCGGUGUUGUGUUAAGACCCGCUUUCAUCUAUGGAAAAAGAAGGGUUGAUGGUUUUGAGAUUCCUCUAGAUUUGAUUGGGGAACCAGUGGAGAGAAUUCUCCGUGCUACCGAAACCUUCACCAAACCAUUAAGUUCUCUUCCAGCAUCAGAUCUCAUUUUGGCACCACCAGUUAAUGUGGAUGAUGUUGCACUUGCAGUGAUAAAUGCAAUAACAGAUGAUGACUUUUUUGGCAUCUUUACUAUAGAACAAAUCAAGGAAGCUGCAGAAAAAGUGAAAGUAUAAUUAACCUUUGUAAAUUGAACCAAGUUAUAGAUCAUAAAUCUCUUAAUGAAUGUAUUGCUAGUGAACUCAAUCUCAAACCUCUCGUGUGUAUAUCGAUAUUAUAAAGGAGGUAUGAUGUCUUUCUAAUAGUAUUAAAUUUUGUAGUCACAAAAUUUUCCUCUGCAAAA